AUGGAAGUUGCGAGAGAGGUUUUAGGAGUUACAAAGGGAUACCCUGGGAGACGUAUAGGGGAUUGGUGGUGGAAUACGGAGGUCCAAGGAAAAGUUGAAGUCAAGAAAACGGCUUAUUUGAAACUAGUGGAGAGCACAAACGAGGAGGAAAAGAGGACAAAUUGGGAAUGUUAUAAGAAGGCAAAGAGAGAGGCGAAGUUAGCGAUUACGGCGGCUAAGACUGCUGCCUUUGGACGAAUAUAUGCGGAGCUUGGGAGCAAAGGCGGGGACAAGAAGUUGUACAGACUGUUGAACGAGGAGGGGGACAAAAGCAUUGUGCUGGGUGAGUUGGAGCACUCCGAGAGUCUGCGUGAUUUUGGCUAUUGUAGGCGUAUUAAGGUCGAAGAGGUUAUGGGAGUGAUGCGUAAGAUGAGCAGGGGAAAAGGGACUGGGCCAGACGAGAUCCCGAUGAGGAGUACAGAUGCUCCUAUUAAGAGGUGUGAGAGGCUGGCCGUGGAGGGGCUGAGAAGGGGUAGAGGAAGGCCGAAGAAGUAUUGGGGAGAGGUGAUUACGCAGGAUAUGAUGCUACUUCAGCUCACUGAGGACAUGAUCUAG